AGGACAACGGGCGUCGCCGGCGCCGUGUGACUCGGGGCUGUGGGCGCGCUCGCGGCUCUUCGGCCAUGGUUUUCUCAAACAGUGAUGAAGGCCUUAUUAACAAAAAGUUACCCAAGGAACUUCUCUUAAGAAUAUUUUCCUUCUUGGAUAUAGUAACUUUGUGCCGAUGUGCACAGAUUUCCAAGGCUUGGAACAUCUUAGCCCUGGAUGGAAGCAACUGGCAAAGAAUAGACCUUUUUAACUUUCAAACAGAUGUAGAGGGUCGCGUGGUGGAGAACAUCUCAAAGCGAUGUGGUGGAUUCCUGAGGAAGCUCAGCUUGCGAGGCUGCAUUGGUGUCGGGGACUCCUCCUUGAAGACCUUUGCACAGAACUGCCAAAACAUUGAACAUUUAAACCUCAAUGGAUGCACAAAAAUCACUGACAGCACAUGUUACAGCCUCAGCAGAUUCUGUUCCAAGCUGAAACACCUGGACCUGACCUCCUGUGUGUCCAUUACAAACAGCUCCUUAAAGGGCAUCAGUGAGGGCUGCCGAAACCUGGAGUACCUGAAUCUCUCUUGGUGUGAUCAGAUCACAAAGGACGGCAUCGAGGCACUGGUGCGAGGCUGUCGAGGCCUGAAAGCACUGCUUCUGAGGGGCUGCACUCAGUUAGAAGACGAAGCCCUGAAACACAUUCAGAAUUACUGCCACGAGCUUGUGAGCCUGAACUUACAAUCCUGCUCACACAUCACAGAUGAAGGUGUAGUGCAGAUUUGCAGGGGCUGCCACCGGUUGCAGGCUCUCUGCGUUUCUGGGUGCAGCAACCUCACGGACGCUUCUCUCACGGCCCUGGGUCUGAACUGCCCGAGACUUCAGAUUUUGGAGGCUGCCCGAUGUUCCCAUUUGACUGAUGCAGGCUUUACACUUCUAGCUCGGAAUUGCCGCGCCCUGGAGAAGAUGGAUCUUGAAGAAUGCAGCCUGAUAACGGACAGCACGCUGACCCAGCUCUCCAUCCACUGCCCUAAACUACAAGCCCUGAGCCUGUCCCACUGUGAGCUCAUCACAGAUGAUGGGAUCCUGUACCUGAGCAACAGCGCCUGCGGUCACGAGCGGCUGAGGGUGCUGGAACUGGACAACUGUCUCCUCAUCACGGACGUGGCGCUGGAGCAUCUGGAGAACUGCCGUGGCCUGGAGCGCCUGGAGCUGUAUGACUGCCAGCAGGUCACCCGCGCUGGCAUCAAGAGGAUGCGGGCUCAGCUCCCUCAUGUCAAAGUGCACGCCUACUUCGCUCCUGUCACCCCACCAACGGCAGUGGGAGGAAGUGGACAGCGACUGUGCAGAUGCUGUGUCGUUCUCUGACAGCAGCUGCCCCUCCCCAAGGCAUGGCGUGGUGUCCCUUCCUCCAGAGAAGACUGAGUCUUCCUGACCUACUCACCGCUACCCAACUCUGUUGAUACUCCACUGGGAGAGGCUUUUACAGGUAAAAGACUUCUGGGUGGGUUGCAGUAACUGGUGAUAGCUGUCACCUUUAUCCUGCUGUAGUGCAAUCGAGUCUAAGCCGUGUGUCAGUUAACAUGUGGCAGAAGCGGUCUCAACACAGCCGGGAUCACGUGAGAAGCCCCGGAGCUCUAAGAGGUGGGUGUCUGUCUAGGUACCAAGUCACACCCUCGGCUGCAGCCCGUCAGUGUUAGCACAAACCCGGCAGAAAAAAUCAGCUGCUGAUUUUUCUACCUAAGACUUAAGAAGCCAGUGGGCUACUUUAAUUCACGAUUCCAUUUUGAUUAGCUCUAGAGUUUUCCACUUUUAAGACUAAAUAAUGACUUUAUCCAAGUGACCAUACUGCAAAUUCAUAAUGCCUGGUCCUCUGAUAGGUAGAGAACCGUGUGGAGGGUAUGCUUGUUGGUUUCCAUGAGACCCCAAAGAAAUGAGGGCUCCACAAUGGGUGGAGCAGGGUCUUCACCCUUCUGCUUCUGUCAGCUUGUUGGAGACCUCCCUGGGGACCCAAACCAAAAAGUAAACAAAAGCAGUUCAGAGUCUGUGUUCCCGACUGGAAGCUCUGGCAUAGGGUGCAGCAUGUAAUGCGUUCCUGUUAAAGGGGAGACGCUAACGAUGUCCACAUCUCUGACAAACUGAGGGACAUAAAGAAAUAGAACUGAUUAAGACUUAAGUUCACUAAUAUAACCAAUUGAAAAUAACAGAUGCAUGCAGAAUGGACAUGUUUUUUUUUUUUUUU